CAAAGCGAUGACUAACGUCUUGCCGUUUGCCGACAAAUUAAUAGUCAAAAACCAAAACAAUUUGAACAGUCUGUGAAAAAUAACUGUUUUGCUGAAGAAAUACGAUCGAAAUGAGUGCGGUUUCUAUUUUAAGCGGAUCGUCCGAUAUUGUAAAAAUUAACAUAUCGAACUCGCAGAACGAUGCCAUCUCGUUUGAGCAGAAAUAUAGCAAAUCGCUCAAGAUCUCUGAUUUUAAGAUUAAAUUGGAGCCCAUUACGGGCGGCUCAGCUGCCACGAUGAAACUGGAACUAUACAGGGGUGACCGGCUGGUCAAUCGCAUGGAUGACGAUAACCAGAUGCUGGGCUUCUAUUCGAUCGAGGAUGGCAUGAGAGUGCAUGUGAUAGACAAUUUCACAUUCGUGCAGGAAAAUGUGGCAAAGUUUGAACUUAGUCAGGAAGAAUACGACAAAAGACAGACUAGUGUGCGCAACUAUCUGCGUCAAAACAAGCUAGGUAAAUAUAAUGAAGAGGAGAUGAGAAAACUGGAGGAGGAUCGCAAAAAACAGGAAGAGGAAGAUACUAAAAAACUUGAACAGGCAACGAUCGGUGCUCGCUGUCGGGUGACUACGAAAGGCCAUCCAACCCGAUUAGGGACGGUCAUGUACAAAGGAGAACUGGAAGGCAAAACAGGCAUGUUUAUCGGAGUUAAAUUUGAUGAACCGUUGGGUGCAAACGACGGGACAUGCAAUGGCAAGCGGUAUUUUGAGUGCCCUCCGAAAUAUGGCAGUUUUGUUGCAGCCAAAGCGAUUGAGAUUGGAGAUUUUCCGCCGGAGAAUUUUGAUUUGGAUGACGAACUAUAGGAAGGCCAAAAGCACAAUACUCAUUUUGCAUCAUUCCGUGAUCUGAAAUUGCAUCGUUACUGUUUAUUAUGUCCAAAAAUCUCCUUUUUGUAUUUGAAUAAUUAACCAUUACUUUUUGCUUCGUAACUAUUUUAUGCUUUCUAAGAAAUAUACAAAAUAACUUUGCUUCCCGGCUUCUA